AUGAGAUACCACUGCUUGACUCCUGUUCUUAAUGAAAGCUCCUCUAUCAUUUUGUAUGGGUCCAACGGAUGGACGUUUCCAGAACAGGACGUCAAUUUCACGUUAUCCUACCCCACUUCGGAUGUUGAAAUACGGCGAAACGUCGAUAACUAUCUGAUAACUGGCUACGAGGUGCUCUUGUUCUCGGACGGCAAACACUGCACGGGCUCCAUAGCAUCGGGCGGGUUAAUGCGGAACCACAUAACCCUCAACUUCGCCAUGAGUGGUAUAACGAUGUUAUCCUACGAGUUAUGGCUACCAACUAAUAGUAAAAGAGAUGGCAUUAUGACCCCGGUCGCCAGUUGGUAUUGCGGCUACUAUAGCAAAUGUAUAUUUCAGGAUACCAUAAGCCUGACUUUCAUCAGUGAGGGCAUAACGACCCUCUCGUACCAGUUCUGGCUGUAUGGAGUCCAGCGGAGCAGCAUUCCAGUAGAAGAAUACAACUACGUCAUGUGUUAG